UACACCAAGAUGGCUGUCCUCCGUACGCUAACAUGGCUCUUUAACCGGGAUGCCACACCUCGCAUGGAGUGACGUAAGACGGUGCCCAGUUUCCCAGAACGCCCAGCGUAUUCCGUACGGCAAGAUGGCCGCGCGCGCGCUGGUGCAGUACGUGGUCCUGAGGGGAGACCUCCGAUGCGAACCGCUCUCGUGGCCGUUGGGGGCCCUUGUCGCUCAGGCUUGUCAUGCCGCCCUAGCAGUGACGCAUGCGUACUACAACCAUCCUGACACCGGCGCGUACUUGGCCCAGGGCGGCAGCAUGAGAACCGUCGUGCUGGAGGCACCAGAUGAAAGCGCUUUGACUGCAUUAGCAGCAACCCUGCAGCAAAACGGGAUUGAUCAUAAAGUGUGGACAGAACAACCUGAAGACAUUGCUACUUGCAUUGCCCUCCGCCCCUACCCCAAGGAAGAAGUGCACAGUCAUCUGAAGAAAUUCAAGCUGCUGAAAUGAUCUUUCCUCGGGCCGUAUACAGAUUUGACUAGGAAAGACAGCUUUUCUCUGGGACUUUGCAAUGUACCAGGGUCACUGGGAGGCAUGAAAACUGGCUGGAGAACCAUGAUCUUGUUGCUUGUUGCUGCCAACUAUAUUCUGUCAACCAAAAUGUUGUUGUAAAGAGAAUUAAAGAUGAGCUUA